AUGUGCAUGCCAUACCUGGGUAAACUGUUCGGCGGCGAUAGACGCCGGCGGAACCAUGGAAGUGAGAGCCUGGCACCAACACCACAGCAAUCGAGCGCAACCAUCCAGACGAGUGCGGUCACCAAUAUCGGCACCGGGAAUAAGGAAUCUGUGUCGCGAGUGAAGCCCGUGGCCAAUACAGCGGCCCAGCGAUCGCGAUCCGCGGUCGCCCUGAAGCGUGAGGCAUCCAAGGCCGCGGCAGCCAAUGCAAGCGUCAGUCAAGCAGCCCCAGAUUCGGCUGCUGCACCUGCUGCGGCUGGAAGCGCACCAAAGCCAACCUCUUGGUGGGAAUACUUCGGAAUGAAUAGGAACAAAAAGGGUAGCAUCGAUUCGCUGUAGUUGGGACCAGUUGGCGUGCAGUUUACUUCGUUAUGUUCAACGCUCAGGCUUCGGAUUCCGGAUUCGAGUUUGAACUUCCAUACUGACACUAUUUGGACAACGGCUGAGAUAAUGAGAAAAGGACACAGCCCGAAAACCCAUCAAAUGCGCCCAACAACUUGACUUUACUUCAUGCAUGUUGGGGAUAACUAGGAAAGCUCUGGUAUUUACCUUCUGAACUGCUUUGGUUUCAAAUUGAUUACAGCUGCAUAAUGAAUUCAUUUAAUUAAGCAGCAAAGCUCAUCAUAUAAUAAUAAAAAAUAGCAUACUUUUUGGAGUUUGUAAAA